AUGGAAACAAGACACAAGAACAUGGUGUAUGUAAGGAACGUCAUGUUUAUAAGAUCAAAACGACAAAAAUCAAGAGGUUUGAAAUCUCUGGAUUGUCGUUUUGAUCUUUUUCCCGAUUCCAAGAACUUGGAAGAAUGGAUGAAUGCGGCUCCUAAAUCACAUCGGCUUAGUAGUCCGUGGGAUUCCGGUCUGGUUAGCCGGUUGGCGAGAUGUGGAAUGGGGUUAUCGGUGACGGAUUUAAUGGUUAGUUUGUUCCAUCGUUUGUUUCGCUUCCCUUUCUCGCGUUUUUCGCCUGGUGCUCUCUUCCCUAGUCCUCAAGCUCUCUCAACUCAUCCAUUCUUCUUCCGAUGGAUUUAUUCACCAAACCACCAACUCCCGCCGCUACACCACCACCGGCUCCGGAUAACCCUACCACCGACAUGGAUUCCUCGCCAUGAAUUGCUACCAAAAUCACCACUUCUCGCUUCUCAGUCCCUAUAUGAAGUAAUCAGUCAACCUUCAUUUUCAUCGAUCCAUAGAAGAAGAACAAAGCUCGAAAAUGGCAGUAGUUCGAAGAGUCAAACUGGGUUCACAGGGUUUAGAGGUAUCAGCUCAGGGUUUAGAGCCCUAAAACAUGAACCUAUCAUGAUCAAGCUCAUCCACCACGCCAUUAACGUCGACGUUACCUUCCUCGACACCUACGACAUCUACGACCCUAAAACCAAUGAAAUCCUUCUAUGCAAGGCUUUGAAGGGUGGAAAUAAGGAGAAGGUGGAGUUGGCUACCAUGGAUAAUAUUUAG